GUUGUGAAUGAGGAAGUGUCUGUGGUGAGGGCUGGAGAAGGCAUGGCCACACGGAAAGCAGCAACAUAGACAGGUAGCCUGAUCAGAGGACCGUCCUGCUCUCCAAGACUGGCUGUCUACCGUUGGACAAUGAAGCCAGCUCUCCUGCUGUGUGUCCUGAUCCUAAACGCCUCGCUCAAGCCUUCAGGUCACAGCUUAACACAGUGGUAUGUGGGGGUGUUCUGCCACACUGUUUACAAGGGCUUGAUGUUGACUUUGGGAGUAGAGUGUAUAGCAAGGGAAGAGGGUGCAUUGGACCAGGCCCAAACCUGCUUCUGUUUGCUGGGAGACCAGAAACAAAGUCACAGUCUGGCAUUUGAGGAAAUGCAGGACUAUGAGGUGGUCCGACCUGUGAGACUUCACACAGUGAGGAAAAGAAAUGCUGAGCAUGCUAGACCAGACACAGUUACGUACACGAUGACAAUGGGAGGACACAACAUUGAAAUGCAACUUGAAAAAAAUAAUGAGUUGUUCACCAAAGACUACACGGAGACCUACUACCAGGAGGAUGGAACGCGAGUCACUACCACGCCAAAUGACAUUGAUCACUGCUACUAUCACGGGAAGAUUGUUAAUGAUAGUGAAUCAUCUGUCAGCAUCAGCACUUGUGACGGACUCAGGGGCUACUUCAGAACAUCUGCUCAGAGGUACCUGAUCGAGCCCCUGUCUGGUGAUGAUCAGGGGUAUCAUGCGGUGACAACGUUUGACGGGGCCAGUUUCACCCCUGCAGUGUGUGGCGUGACCAACACCAGCUGGAACGAAGAGUACGAACCUCCAACAAGCCACAGCCGUUCCAGAUCAGCGGUUCUUUCUAUUGUUCAACAACCGAAAUACAAUGAGCUCAUUCUUGUUGCUGAUAAUCGUGAGUACCUGAAGAUGAACAAAGACCUGACAGCACUUAGAAAGAGGAUAUUUGAAAUAGUCAAUUUUGUCAACACGGCAUACAAGCCCCUGAGGACUUUUAUCGCUCUGGUGGGUCUGGAGGUCUGGUCAAACAGUGAUCUAAUCACAGUGACCCCCCCAGCAGGAGCUAACCUGGAUGCCUUUAAGUCCUGGAGGAAUUCUGACCUGAUAAAAAGACAAAAACACGACAAUGCCCACCUCAUCAGUGGAAUUGACUUUGAAGGACCAACGGUUGGUCUUGCUUACAUUGGGACUCUCUGCUCUGACAGCUCAGUCGGUGUGGUACAGGAUCACAAUGACCGUGCUAUUGCAGUGGGAGCGACUCUGGCCCACGAGAUGGGCCACAAUCUGGGGAUGAACCAUGAUGACUCCAGCGGGUGUGUUUGUUCUGCAGACAGCUGCAUCAUGGCUGCAGCCCUCAGCUCGAACAUCCCACGCACCUUCAGCAGCUGCAGCAGCAGCAACUAUGCAAGCUUCCUAACUGGCCGCAGCCCCGGCUGCUUGCUGGACAAACCUGACUACAACACCCUGGUGGCUCCUCCGACCUGCGGAAAUGGAUUUUUGGAGAAAGGAGAGCAAUGUGACUGCGGCACUGUGGAGGAUUGCACGAACCCUUGCUGCAACGCCACUACGUGCACGCUGACAAUGGGUUCACAGUGUGCUGACGGCGAGUGCUGUAACAGCUGUAAGAUACUGCCUCGGUCCGAGGAGUGCCGCAGAAAGCAGGAUGUCUGUGAUCUGGCAGAGUACUGUGAUGGGAGCAGUCCCACCUGUCCGGAGGACGUGUUUGCUGUGAACGGGCUCCCCUGUGAUGGAGGUCAGGGUUACUGCUUCAACGGCCAGUGUCCAAAGAGGUCAAGCCAGUGCAUCAAGCUCUAUGGGGCCACGGCCACAGAAGCUGGCCAGUCCUGCUUCAACUAUAACACCAAGGGGACCUACUACGGCUUCUGCAAACGCCUCUCAAACACCCAGUUCGUUGGUUGCCAGCAAGCGGAUGUUUUCUGUGGGAAGCUUUUCUGCAGCGGUGGCAAUGACAACCCGAACUACGGCCAGAUGGUCUCCAUCGGGAACUGCAAGGCAUCUUUCUACAGUGACUACACCAAAGAUUACGGCCAGGUGGAUGAAGGGACGAUAUGUGGAAAUGAAAAAGUGUGCAGCCAGAAUCAGUGCAUGGGUCUGGAAGCUGCCUACAGAAACACAAACUGUUCUGCCAACUGCCCUGGCCACGCUGUUUGUAACCACAGAAGUCAGUGUCAGUGCGAGCCUGGCUGGUUGCCUCCUAGCUGUGAGUCAAAUGAUGGGGCCUUCAACUCUCUUUCCACUGGGACAAUCGUCGGCAUCUCUCUGGUGGUCAUUCUUCUGCUCCUCGGUAUUAUUUGUGGUGUGGUGGGCUUCAUGUGGAAAAAGAGACAAAAUCCCACAUUUCCAACUUCACAGAAGAUGCAGGUACCAAUAGGAGGCUCUGCUCCUCCUCUAUACCGAGUCCCAGACAUCAGUUAUCCCACUCCAGCUGGAGAGGCCCCAAAAGGAAGGCCCAAAGGAGCUCCACCUCCACCCC